AUGGACUUCUGGAUUCUGGCAUUCAGAAUUAUUUUCUUAUCAGAAACUACAACUGGAAUUCUGGGAAAUUCCUCUCUAAUUUUCUACUAUCUGUUCUUUUACUGCAGAAAAUGCAUAUUAAAGCCCACAGAUUUGAUUUUCAUGCACCUAUUGACAGCCAAUGCCUUGAUCAUUCUUUCUGAUGGAGUGCCCCAAACAAUGGCAGUUUUUGGAUUUAAGCAUUUCUUGGAUAGUUUUGGAUGCCAGCUCCUAUUGUACUUGCAAGGAUUUGGUAGGAGUGUUUCCAUUGCCACCACAAGCCUCCUGAGUGUCUUUCAGGUCUUGACCAUUAGUCCCAGUAAUUCCUGUUUGAAGGAUCAUAAAUUCAAAUUUGAAAAGAACAUUGGCUACUACAUUUUACUCCUCUGGAUCAUGUACAUGUUCAUAAACUUCAUUCAUUUUGUAUACAUACUUGCCAACAAGUAUACAAACAAUGUGACCAGAAUAUGGGAUUUUGAAUACUGCCGCAGUAUAGUGAGGGGUGGAAUUGGUGGUUCAAUUUAUGGAGCACUGGUGGUGUGCCCCGAGGUCUUCUUUUCUGUGCUCAUGACCUGGUCUAGUGGAGCUAUGAUUGUUAUUCUUUACAGACAUAAACAGAGGGUAAAACACAUCCGCAGCACUCAUGGUUCCUUCAGAAUCUCCCCUGAAUCCAGGGUCACCCAGAAUAUUCUGAUCCUGGUGUCUACCUUCCUGGCUUUUUAUACUCUCUCCUCCAUUUUAAGAGGCUACAUGGCUCUCUUGUAUAAUCAAAAUUGGUGGCUAAUGAACUUCAGAGCCCUCACUUCUCUCUUUUUUCCAUCUUUUGUACCCUUUCUUCUCCUACACCAUUAUUCUAUUGUAUCCAAGCUUUGUUUGUUCCAGAUAAGGAAUAAAAAUCAUUUAAUCUUAUUUUAA